CCACCGAGAGGGGUGUGAGCUGGAGGCGCGGGGAUAAAGAGGGGACGCCCUCAGCCCGCUGGCCGUCCGCCCAGGUGCUUCCCUGCCCAGCAGCCUGGGUGCCAGCCUCCGAGUGGUUUCGCUUCCUCCUGGCGCAGGGAUUAGUUUCCACGCACCCCUCUGCGUGCUCGGGACCCCGACACCGGGGCGAACGAGCAGGAGGGACACUCGAGGAGGGGCUGCCCUGGCGGGCAGAGCGGGGUGGAUGGACCGGGCCGCCCCGGCCAGAGGCUCCAGCUCCCUGCAGCUGCUGGUGGCCUUGGCCCUGGGUCUAGUGAUUCUUCACUGUGUGGCCGCAGAUGGGAACUCAACCAGAAGGCCUGUGACCAAUGGCCCUCUCUGCCGAGAGUCUGGGGAAAACUGUGCAGGUACCACUACCAGGCGGAAAGGCCACUUUUCUCGGUGCCCCAAGCCAUACAAACACUACUGCAUUCAUGGAAGAUGCCGCUUUGUGGUGGAGGAGCAGACACCUUCCUGCCUCUGUGACAAAGGCUAUGCUGGCACCCGCUGCGAACGCGUGGACUUGUUUUACCUUCGAGCAAACCGGGGACAGGUCCUGGUGAUUUGCCUGAUAGCAGUCAUGGUCGUCUUUAUCAUUUUGGUCAUUGGUGUGUGCACCUGCUGCCACCCUCUUCGGAAACAUCGUAAAAAGAAGAAGGAUGAAAAAAUGGAAAGCCUGGGUAAAGACAUAACUCCUAUAAACGAAGAUAUUCAAGAGACCAAUAUUGCUUAAUGGUUAUCGAAGUACUUCCAGUGGAUGGAUGGCAGACUACAGAAUGCCUGGCUCAUUUGAAAAUGGACAGAUCUUGUCUCAGGAAUACAGCUAAUACAAAUGAAAAUUUAAAUACUGUAUUAAUGUUUAUUUUUAUUUGUAACUUUGUAUUGUUUAUUAUUGUUUUAAUAAUAAUAUUUUAUUAUGGCCUAGUAAUUGGGGGGGAACACUUGGUUAAGUAGGCAGUAAUAGGAAGGGACAUUUCAAUAAACUUCCUCUUGAGUUUGACCAGAACUGUUAGUCCAAUAGAAAAGAAAAGUGAGAAGGAAUUUAGAGACAUUGAGUCCAUAAUAAUAUUACCAGUUUUUAAUACUUUAAUAUAUACUAAGAGUUUGAAAUAUAUUAUUUCAUUUAAUCCUUUCAAUAAUCUGCAAAUACAUGCUUGGCCCUCAUUUCCCACAUGUGGAAAGAGGACCAAAAAUUUUAAAAAAUUCUGGCCUACAUUCAGAGGCCUAGGGAUUGAUGGGGGAGAGUUAGAGCCAAGAUUUCCCCAGAUUCAAAGCUGGUGCUCUUCACAUUCAUUUUGUUAACUUGGAUUCCUGCAUCCUAACUCAAUACUAUGCCUCUAGGUUUCCUACUGAGCUCUGCUUUUCUAUGAUUCUGAGACAUUAAGGCAAAUUUCCUGCAAAAACAUAGUACAGACUACUGGCCAGUGUUGAUGCUUUCUGUAUAGUUGAUUUUUAUUUCUUUGUUCCUUCAGUAAAGUCUCAGUGACAUGAGUAAAUUCUUACAUUAUUAAGGCAGAUAUCCCCCAAUAAUUAAUAAUAAUAAUGCUUAGUAAAGACUUCAUAAUGGCACUAGAAAUGGCCAUUAUGUCAGGGACAUCACUUCAGACCCCAAGCAGACCAUUUGUGACCAUAUCCUCAUUUUAUUGUCCUCAUGAACAGCUUAUCUGAUUGCUCUAAGGUGAACUGUAGUGCAGUGAAAUCAUCACUCCAAAAUCUAUAACCUGAGCCAUCUUGCCAAAUAUUCAUCUGACUACAUGCCCUAUUUCAUAAAGAAUAUACUCAACCCUGAAGAGGUGAAAUGUACAUGUAGGCAAUAAUCCAUUGAACAUGGAACUUUCAACAACGAGUAGAUGACUCACUCACAUGGGAAGGUGUCCCCAGAAAAUUGCAAUUCCUGCCUAUCAGCCAGCCAUUUUGUUUUGUUUAUUGUUUUUGCUUUUUGUUUAUUUUUCUUCAGUAGCUUUGUGAAUUCAACUUUAUGGUAUGGAUUCUGUAGACCUAAACAAAGCUGAAAUCCUAUAUCUCCUUCAGCAGAUUGUUUUGAGACUAGGGCUGAGCUUGUAUGUCAAUAGCUCGCCUAUCAGUAAUGGCUAAGUCAGGCAACUGAAAAUUUUCCAAAUUUACUUUUCUUCUUAGUGAAUAGCAUCCUUGCAGUAGGAUUACGUAUAGCUGGUUAAUGUUAUGUAGGCAUUAUUGACUUGUGCAUGUCUGCUCUCUUCCUCAGUAUUCUUGGAUAUUAAAAGGGCUUAGAACAAGCACUGGUAAGAACAUUUAAACAAACACCAAUACUACUGUCUUUUCUUUACUGGACUAAGAGUGGCUGACCAACGAAACCUCUUCAGCCAAUUCAGUGCUGAGAAUUUCAUUUGUAACCUGAACUCUUCAUAGUGUAUCUCAUUCUUCUAUCAAGAAAGAAUUUCAAGCACUUUCAUAUCUUUUUAAAUUGUGUUUUAUAUUUGUUUAUGCAUUUGCUAAAUA